AUGGCUGACGACAAGAAGCCCCAUUUCGAGACCUUGCAAUUGCAUGCCGGCCAUGAGCCGGACAGUGCUUCCAAUUCGCGUGCUGUACCAAUCUAUGCAACUACAUCCUAUGUCUUCAACGAUUCUGCCCAUGGCGCUCGCUUGUUCGGCCUCAAGGAGACCGGCAACAUUUACAGCCGUAUCAUGAAUCCAACUGUCGAUGUUUUCGAGAAACGUAUGGCUGCGUUGGAAGGAGGUGUUGCAGCUGUCGCAGCAUCAUCUGGUCAAUCGGCUCAAUUCAUGGCAAUUGCAGCACUAGCUCAUGCGGGUGACAAUAUCGUCUCGACCUCGAACUUAUACGGUGGAACUUACAACCAGCUCAAGGUGUUUUUCCCGCGAUUGGGCAUCACGACAAAGUUUGUGGACGGUGACAAGGCAGAAGACUUCAAGAAGGCUAUUGAUGACAAGACUAAAGCCGUCUAUGUUGAGAGCAUCGGAAACCCAAGAUACAAUGUGCCAGAUUUCGAGGCUAUCGUCAAGAUCGCGCAUGAGGCUGGCGUGCCAGUUAUCGUCGACAAUACAUUCGGUGCAGGUGGAUACUUCUGCCGCCCAAUCGACCACGGAGUCGACAUCGUCAUUCACAGCGCAACCAAAUGGAUCGGCGGUCAUGGCACCACUGUUGGAGGUGUGGUAAUCGACGCUGGUCGCUUUGACUGGGGCACUCCAGAGGCUCGCAAAAGAUUCCCACAGAUGAGUGAGCCCUCGGAAGGGUUCCACGGCCUCAAGUUCUGGGACACUUUCGGCAAGCUUUCUUUCAUCGUGCGAGUCCGUGUUGAAAUCCUCCGAGAUGGAGGUAUGGCUCUCAACCCCUUUGCUGCCCAACAAUUACUUCUGGGUAUCGAAACCUUGAGUCUGCGGUGUGAGAGACAUGCUCAGAACUCGCUUGCGUUGGCUCAAUGGCUCGAGAAGAACGAGCAUGUUUCUUGGGUCAGCUAUCCUGGUCUUCCGAGCCAUGCCAGUCAUGAACUGGCCAAGAAAUACCUACCAAGAGGUUUUGGAGGUGUGCUUUCCUUUGGCGUAAAAGGUGAUGCCGAUGCUGGUAACCAGGUUGUCGAUGGCUUCAAGCUGAUUUCAAACCUCGCAAACGUUGGUGAUGCAAAGACACUUGCAAUCCAUCCCUGGAGUACCACUCACGAGCAGUUGAGUGACGAAGAGAAGAUCAGCAGUGGAGUCACCGAGGAUCUGAUCAGAAUAUCGGUCGGCAUCGAGCACAUUGACGAUAUCAUUGCCGACUUUGAACAGUCAUUCGAGGCUUCAAAGGCUGGAUCCAAGGGUAAAGAUCAUCCUGAGAAUGCUGACAAGAAGCCCGAUGCAGAUGAGCCUACGAGGCUUGAAGUUUGA